GUUUGGCAUUAUAAAGGGAGAGGUGCAACAAGGCAUUUCUCCAUCGACUGUUGUUUGUGUCUUCUAAAGCAAAGAAAAGCAAAUUAAAGAGAGGAGAAAUGGCAGCCUCAAUGGUAUCAACCACAGCCACCGCCGCCGUGAGCCGCGCCACCGCAGCUCAAGCGAGCAUGGUUGCUCCUUUCACCGGAUUGAAGUCCACCUCCGCAUUCCCCGCUACCCGCAAGACUGCUGACAUCACCACCAUUGCCACCAACGGUGGAAGAGUCUCCUGCAUGAAGGUGUGGCCAACAGUGAACAACAAGAAGUACGAGACACUGUCAUACCUACCUCCUCUAACCAGAGAGCAACUCAUCAAGGAAGUUGAUUACCUUCUCCGCAACAAGCUCAUUCCUUGCAUUGAGUUCGAGUUGGAGCACGGAUUUGUGUACCGUCAGCACAACAGCUCCCCAGGAUACUAUGACGGACGAUACUGGACAAUGUGGAAGUUGCCUAUGUUCGGAUGCACAGACGCAGUACAGGUAGUGAACGAGCUUGACGAGGCAAUCAAAGCAUACCCAGAGGGCUUCAUUAGAAUCAUUGGAUUCAACAAUCUGAAGCAAGUCCAGGACAUCAGUUUCAUUGCCUACAAGCCUGCCGGCUACUAAUCAUUUCUAUUGUGUUUUCCAUUUUACGAUUCUUUUUUGUAUUAUUACUUUCAUUUCCUUCUCCUUUUAGAAUCCUUUUAGGGUUCUUUUUUGUAUUACUUUCAAUUCCUAAUCUCUCUAUGUCUUUGGGAUCGAAAAGAUAUUGGAGUGUAUGAAGAUUAAGUAUUUUAUAUGUUCCACCUUUUUUUAA